AUGCAAACGGCAGAGAGUGUAUGUUUAUGGAAUUACCAAUUUAAAAACAAUUCUCCACCUUCACCGAUCAGUAAUAUGUCAUCGAAAAAAAUUUCGAUGGAAAAAACGCCAUAUUUAGCAUGUACAGAACGGUACUCAUGUCAAAAUGAAAUGUCAUCGAAAGCUAUUUUUUAUUGUCUCGAAUGUAAAAACCUACAAUGUCUCCUAUGCGAAAAAGAAAUUCACGAUCACGUUGGUAAUAGCCAACAUGGACGAUUAACACUCGAUGAAAUCGACGAUGAAUGCUGCUCAAUUGAUCGACGACAUCAUGCUGUCUUUUACUGUACAACAUGUGCAGCGAUGUUUUGCUACAGUUGUUACGAAAAUCAACAUCAACAUUCAGACGGACGACAGCAUAAUUUGCAAAAGUAUCGCGAUGGGCAAAAGCCUACAACUAAGAAGACACAUGAACAAUCCCGAACAUCAACUCAACCGAUUAAGAUUAUUCCGUCUUCUAAUGUGAACAAUAAGCCAAUCAAACCAUCAGCAUCUUCAUUCGAAGAUGUUCAAGUCGAUGAUACUGACGAGAAUCUCAUCUCACCACCGAAUCGAAAGCAACAUGCAAAUCAUAUACCAAAGCGACAUAAUUUCAAUCAAGAGAUGUUACUCGAAUCGAUGAUAGAUGACAGAGAAAAUGAUCAAGUCGAUACUCAUCAUCUUCCGAGUAAGUCUGUACAACAAUCCAAUUCUGAGUCAACACUAGGAUUUUUAUUACUCGAUGCAAAUGAACAUUUAACUGUAAAUACUGAAUCGGAAUUUCUACGCCGUCUGAGAGUUGAUAAAGAUCUCAGUGUUAAGUGUGUGUCCAUUAUUGGAAAUACUGGAGAUGGAAAAUCUCAUACGCUCAAUCAGGUAUUUUUCAAUGGUCGAGAGAUCUUCAAUACCUCACCAACGGCAGACUCCUGUACGAUGGGCGUAUGGUCAGCUCUUGAUGAUAGUCAUCAAACGCUCGUUCUCGAUACCGAAGGCCGUCUAGGUCUAACAGAGAAUGAUAACACGCGCAACAGAUUGUUAUUGAAGAUUCUGUGUAUUAGUGAUAUUGUGAUUUAUCGUACGCGAGCGUCAAAACUGCCGAACGAUAUGUUUCAAUUCCUAUCCGAUGCGUCAAAUGCAUUUUUGAAAUAUUUUCGAAAAGAAUUAGAAAACGUGAUGAAGAAUUGUAAGGCAGAUGGACCUGUAUCGACGAUGGGACCCACAUUGAUUGUAUUUCAUGAGACACAGCAUACAGGAAUUCUAAAAGGCUCAAAAACAGCAGUUGAACAGUUGAAAGAACGAUUUGAAACAAUGAAAUUAUCCUAUGACGCCUACAGUUCAAUGGAAUAUGUUGGCAUUCAAACAGUCGGGAGUAAAUCAUCGAAUUUCAGUGAAAUCAAAGCAAUGAUUGCUGCAACAUUAAACAAUAAUAACAUUCGUUCUCGUCGACGUUUAUCGAUUAUUUUCAAAGCCUUAAAAGCACUAAAUGAGAAAUUCAUUCAUGCCAUUCCUCCAUCGAUACCAUCGACAUUACCCGAUGCUUUUUUCGCUUGCUGCGUUAAAUGUCUAUCAUGCCGAACGAAAUGUACAGCGGUCGCUAAUCAUAAGAAAGAUGAUAUUCCUCACGAAUGUGAGCCGCGUUGUUUAUACAACAAAGAUCUAGACAAUGAAGUCUGGAAAUGUUUGCAAUGCCAUCGUGAAGGUCGAGAUAUGAUUGUGUACGGCAAGUUAAUCACGAAGAACGAUGGUCUUGUUCAAGGACUAUUGAAAUAUGUUUGGUAUGGUUGUGUGAUUGAAUGUCCGCGUCACGGGGAGAUCUAUCGUUCGCGCAAGCAUUGGUACGGAAAUAAUGAACCUAAAGAUGUUACACUCGUAGAAAUUAUCCAUGUUUGGCCCGAUGAUGAUAAUAGUCGAUUAGCGAGCGAUGUUACGCCGAGAAAAUUUAUGGAAUUGAUUGUAUAUGCGAGCAGUUAUUUGUCAGCACCAACGAAGAUGAUAUCGGAAUUAGUUGCCGAUCAAGUCGCACCAUCGUAUUGGGUUCCAAAUAAAGAUGUUAUUGCGUGUUCAUCAUGUAAACUUCUUUUCGGCUCGGAAUAUUCGAAACAUCACUGUCGAGCGUGUGGGCAUGUGUUUUGUGAUACAUGCACGGCUAACCGUCGUAUCGUGUCAUGGAUUGACACGGAAAAGCCAGUUCGUGUGUGCAAUAAUUGUAACGACAGUCCAAAAUCUCGCGCACCAUCAUGUGCCAUACCGUCGACAGCCUCAUCCGAAAUUAAUAAACAGUACAAUCAAAAAACAUCGGAAAAUAGUGGUAGUAGUGGCGAUUCGGCAAGUACAGUGUCAUCUGGUGAACAUUUGAAUGAUCUAUGUUUAUCUCCAACUGAUAUAUUCGAUAUUGAUCAACCGAGUGCAGGUCCAAUUAUUGUUGAUAUUCCAACAACCAGACGCGUUUAUGAAACAGUAAUCAGUGGCUUAGAAAAGAUCGGAGUGAACUAUCCUAUUGAAUUAAUCAAAGAAAGUACUCGGCCAAGCUAUUGGAAGCCAGAUAGUGAGUGUCAUGCGUGUUAUAUUUGUAAACGACCAUUCAAUAGUACGACAAAUCGGCUACAUCAUUGUCGAAGUUGUGGUGAUGGUGUUUGUGAGACUUGCUCUCCUAAUCAACGAUCAGUACCGGAGAGAGAUUGGUUGUCACCUGUUCGCAUGUUCAUGUACAAUGGUUAUGCUUCGUAUGAUGAGGAAAUUCAACGACAUAUUGUAUCUAACUCGUCCUUAUCAUCCAUUGUACCAUUACCCGUUGCCGAAGAAAUUGCUCUACCGUUUCUAACAUAUAUCUACGAAUCCAUAAUCAGUAAUCGACCAUUUUCUAUUACGAUCGAUAAGGAUCUCAAAUGGGCAUUGGAAGUUUUUGCAUUUGGCUUCACAUGUGAACAAAGUUCAAUUUAUCAAUUAUGUGCAAAUAUUUAUGUCGAAUGGUUGAAAGUAUUCGAGAAUACAUCGGUGAAUUUAACUUCGAUUCCGUCAAUUCUUCGGGAAAAAACCGAGUUCUAUUGGUCACAAAUGUUUUGGCAUUUAUAUCAUCUCUUCGUCACUCACAAUGAAAAAUCAGCGGAUCUCUUGACGAAAAGUAUGUAUACUCAUAAAGUUCUCCGGCAAUUACAAACAAUGAUCAGUCAAACGGAAUUAAGUGUUGAUCUAUGGCACAUUCUACUUCAAGUAUUUCUAGCGAUUGGCAAUGCUGUUCUAUCACCAGCAUAUCGGACAAAUGAAGAGGGUGGUGCAGUGAUGAGUCAUCGACUUGUUCCAUCCAUUUAUCAAGUAUUUAUGGUUGCUGUUGACAAGGUACACAUUCCACCUGGACUAUGGAGAACAUUUCGAGAUUACGCUGCUACUUGGCGUCAUCGACCAGCUGUAGUUUACGAUUGGGCUCAACUUACGUGUGUCCUUGCAUCGACUGUUGUGCAUAAAUUAUGGUGGCCAGAUUUAGUUCCACUUCAGUAUGUUUGUACUGAAACUGAUCAAGGAGAAUAUGUGCAAAAGAUAAUCGAUUCUCUUUCGUUGAGUCGAUUAGUUAUAACAUGGAUACAAUUUCUUACCAUUUUACAAAAUCCAUCGGAAUGUGGCGAUGUUUCGGUGUUUCUUCGCAUGCCAACGUAUGCUGGACAAUUUCAAAUUAAUUCAAAUACAAAAUUGAAAGAUUUUCCAUCUUUACAAGAACUUCCACGAGUAUUCGUCAAUGUCACGAAAGCAAUCGGCAUGUUCGUUGACAUAUGGCUAGGAAAAGACGUUGAUCCGACGCCUUUAUACAGUCCCAAACCUUCGACUACUCCAACACCGUUAAGCAUGGCUGAAAAUAUUGCAGCGAGCAAUGCUACAAGCUCACAAUCGCGUGCGUUUACUCAAUCUGUUCGUGGUCAUCCAACAACCUCGCAACAACAACCUUCGACAGUAGGAACAUUGAAAGCUACAAAGUCUCAAGCUGAUACACGACGAGUGAGUGUUCCAUCUGGCCAAACUGUUUCACCAGUACAUACAAAUGUCGCGUUGACAAAUCUGCAACUAACUCGUGCUGAACAAAGUCCUAAACAUUUACGAACAAACCGUCCAACGGUGAACAGUUUAAUGCAUCUCUACGGUCCAUGGAUAUUAGAUGCUUGUUUAUUACAAAUCAAAGAUCGUUUUACUCGCUCAACAACAAUCGUCAAUGUGAAUGAUGCUACUCGAAUGAUUGAAAUAGAUAAAAUGCUAGAUAUACAGAAUGAACGUUUAAUGGAUGAAGCUUUUGCAAAAUCAUUUGCAACUAUAUGUACAAUAUUUAAUAGUGCACAGUGUGAUGAAUAUAUCCAUCCGGAAUACUUAAGUCGAUUUUAUUUUGUUCUACAACAAGGUUUACGAUUCUAUCACGGCGAUGAGCAACGCUCUUUUACAAUAAUUGAAUCGAUCCUCCUGCAUAGUGCUGAUUUAUUUCGUAUUAAUUUACGUGGAAUUAACAUUCUAUUACCACUCUAUCUGGAUGCAAUUGAAUAUUAUAUCCAUCAUGACUCUCAAGUACUGACGAAUUCGCAAUCCCAUGUGAAAGGCACGCCGACUUAUGAGCGUUUAACACGUAUUCGUUCAAAAUGUAUACAAAUUCUGAUGUCAAUUGUUAGUCUACCAUUCCAUUAUGAACAUUUACAGCAGCAUCUCUUCGAGGAUUACUUAGAAAAAUCACAUGAUGUGCAAACGACCAUGAAAACGUUCUCACAAUAUCGAUUGAAAAUCUUUCCUUUGUUAUUAACUGCCCUACAAUCUGAACAAGACACAGCUAAUGCACAACUAUUAUUCGGUACGAUUCGUCUAGCUUGUUCAUUGGCGGCACAUUACGAACGACAACAUGAAACAGUUGAGGAGAAAAGUUUAAAAGAUCGAACAUCGGACGAUCUCAGUGAUGCAGUCAUCUUGAUUUGUGAAAAAGGCACAAAUGAUUCUCAGCUGUUUCUCGCUGCCCUUGAUACCUUAAUUUCAAUUGUUACCGAUCCGAUAUGUCAACUACCGAUUGAUAUUUGGAAAAAAGUUCUGAAACGUUUAUGUACAUUCAUUGAUACGCAACUACAUCUUGGUCACACGCACCAUACACGUGAAAUGCAUUCGACAUGUGUAGCUACGUAUAAUACACUGAUAACUCUAAUUAUCGAACGACCAACAUUACUGGAUGAUCCAGACAAUCUCUUUCAAUUAUGUGAAAUCAUUGAACUAGGAAUAUCGGGUGAAAAAGCUCAAUCAGCAGAAAAAAUUGUCUACAAGAAGUACAAAGAACAACAUCCGGCGUCGCAACGUGUUGCUGAAGCUGCGGAAUAUCUCAUGUGUGUCCUAUUCGAACACAAAACCAUAAAGCGUCUAACCAAUAUUUCUCAGCGUUCAGUAACAGCAGCAUGUCUACAUGCCGAAUUAACUGGUGAUAUCAUAAACGAAGAGGCGGUGUUGCAUUUGAAGAAUGAUAUCUGUCGAAAUUGGUUGGAUGAAACCACGUUUGCUAACCUAAUGACAUCGACACGAUUCAAAUAUUUUGCUGUGAAUGACAAUACAUUAUUCGCAAUUAAUGAACUACCAAUCAGUGUUAAUAACAGUAUGCCAGCAAUCAUUCUUCUUUGUCGUGGACUAUUUGGUAAAAAUGUUUGGACACUAAAUUUUCGUCAUGAUCCAAUGUCAAGUGCAUCGAUACAAAGAAAUCGAUCACAUGAACGAACAUUCAAUGAAAGUGACAAAAGUAGCACAACAUCAGUUGCAACAUCGUCGAUCGAUCACAAAGAAAAACAUCAUACAUCACAUAGUUCACGAAAUGAACGUGCGAAAAGUGAUUCUUCUCGUCAUAGCAGUUUUUACCAUCCACCUGAAUUGAGUAUUCCGACGAUGAACUCGAUUGUCAAGCGUGAAGAGGAUAAACUCAACAUGUUUCGAACUUUGAAAACCAAACAAAUCAAAAUUGAAGAACAUGCCAUACAACGUGCUCAUGUCGCUGAAGAAAUUCCAACACCGGAAUGCAAACCACCUGAAUGUCAAAAACAUUUCGAAGCUAUACGAUUAUUUCUCUCACAUUAUGGAUUUUGUUCAUUGGAUUCAAUGAAUCAUCUAUUACAUGGCAAACAAUGGAGCCAAUCAAAUCCUCUGGAUCAACUUCAUCCAAGAAUUAAAUUACUCGACUCGAGUGUACCAUCAUUCAUGGAGGAUAUCAAAACAUUAGAUAAAAUAUCGCCUACACUGUACUGUACAGGACAAAUCUUUUAUCUGAAGCGUGAUCAACGUUCGCUCAACGAAUCGUUUUUGAAUGCGAAAACACCAGAACAAUUGAAUCCUGCAUUUUUAACACUCGUUUCACAAUUUGGUUCGGUUGUGGAAACAAAACGUCAUUGUGGUUGGACGGGAAAUGUUGAAACAAGUUGGAAAACAGUUUCCGCUGCUCAGGCAAACACGAGUCCCAAAUCAAAAACAUUGUAUGAGAUCGACGGUGACGAUAGCAUAUUAUAUUGGGUUGAUCUAACUACUGAAAUGGCUUUUUAUCUCCCACAUCAAUUUCCUCCUGACAAUCAAGGCACGGAAAUGCGAAUACUAAUCGUUUGGUUCGAAGAAUUUCGUGAUGAUCUCGAUCCGAUACUACCCGCUCCUGAAUCACAAUCGAAAACUCGCGAUAUCUCGAUCAUUGGCAUUCAUCCAUUGAAAAAUCAUUUACUUCGCAUUUCACUGAAUUCCAACGCUCAACGAUUACAAUCAGCAUGCGCGAGUAUUCCUUUAAUCGAUGGUAUGGUCAUCCCGUUGCAUAUCUUGCCGUUCUUUCUUCGGCAAGCUGUACAUAACUUAAGUCGUCGCAAACGAUUAGAAGAUAGUCAAAUUUCGCAAACAGCCUAUUCAGUUCGUAAAAGUCGUAUUACAAAAAUCAUUGAUCGAUAUCAAAAUCGAACACGACAAAAUCUGGAUGAUUUCUUUCAAAAUAUCUUCUUUUCCUCAGUAACACCGGCAGCUAAACAACAACCACCUACGAUUCCUUCACCAUCACGCCCCAAUUCAAUGAUCGUUGUGCAAUCGUAG